AUGUGCUUUCAGGCUAUCUUCUGUUUUUCUUGCCGAUGGCUGAGAGAGGGGAGAGAGUCUCGAAAACUGGUUUUGGUGGUGGUAUUUGUGGCACUCCUUCUGGACAACAUGUUACUGACUGUGGUGGUGCCCAUCAUACCAACCUUCCUUUAUGCAACUGAAUUCAAAGGUACCAACGUGUCAGAAAGUUUUCCCUUUGGCAGAAGUGUUCCAGAGAUUCUCCGAAAUGCAGACUUUUCCUCCAUCUUUUCCUACUUUGAUAAUACUACUGUGGUGAUUGAAGAAAGCACACACAAAGGAAAGGAAAGGAUAAAUGGUACCUUUGGCACCCUACCUCCACAAGUCAUUAGACCUAGCGUUGCCCCUAGGAACAAUUGUCUGCAAGGUACCGAGUUCCUGGAGGAGGAGAAUCUACGAGUUGGACUCCUUUUUGCCUCAAAAGCCAUAAUGCAACUUCUGGUCAACCCAUUUGUGGGGAUCCUCACAAACAGGAUUGGCUAUCAUAUUCCUAUGUUUGCUGGCUUUGUCAUCAUGUUUCUCUCUACAGUCAUGUUUGCUUUUUCAGGCACCUACACACUACUCUUUUUAGCUCGAACCCUUCAAGGCAUUGGAUCCUCUUUUUCAUCUGUUGCAGGACUUGGAAUGCUGGCCAGUGUAUACACAGAUGAUUAUGAGAGAGGGAGUGCUAUGGGCAUUGCCUUGGGUGGUCUGGCUUUGGGAGUGUUGGUGGGGGCUCCCUUUGGAAGCCUGAUGUAUGAGUUUGUUGGCAAACCUGCUCCCUUCCUUAUUUUGGCUUUGCUGGCCCUGAUGGAUGGAGCUCUACAGCUCUGCAUUCUACAGCCCUCCAAGAUCUGCCCGGAGAGCUCCAAAGGCACCCCAAUGUUAACUCUUCUGAGAGAUCCUUACAUCCUUGUGGCUGCAGGUUCCCUCUGCUUUGCCAACAUGGGAGUGGCCAUACUGGAGCCCACACUGCCCAUAUGGAUGCUACAGACCAUGUGUUCCCCCAAGUGGCAAUUGGGUCUAGCCUUCCUGCCUGCCAGUGUGUCCUAUCUCAUUGGCACCAACCUUUUUGGAGUGUUGGCCAACAAGAUGGGUCGGUGGCUAUGUUCUCUGAUUGGGAUGUUGGUAGUAGGUAUCAGCCUGCUCUGUGUUCCUCUUGCUCAGAAUAUUCUCGGUCUCAUUGGUCCCAAUGGGGGACUAGGCUUUGCUAUUGGCAUGGUGGAUUCUUCCAUGAUGCCCAUCAUGGGACACUUGGUGGACCUUCGCCACACAUCUGUAUAUGGAAGCGUCUAUGCCAUUGCUGAUGUGGCUUUCUGUAUGGGAUUUGCUAUUGGUCCAUCUACUGGGGGUGCCAUUGUCCAUUCGAUUGGUUUUCCCUGGCUUAUGGUCAUCAUUGGAGUCAUCAACAUUGCCUAUGCCCCACUCUGUUACUACCUUCGAAGCCCCCCAGCCAAGGAAGAAAAGAUUGCCAUUUUGAACCAGGAAUGUCCUAUGGAGACUAAGAUCCAUGGAAUCCAGAAGUCCCAAAGGGCAUUUCCCCUGAGUGAGGGCAGUGAAGAGGAAAUGGAGAGUGAGGAGUAG